AUGGCUGCCACCAAGAACAAGUACUCGGUCAUCCUGCCGACCUACAACGAGCGCAAGAACCUCCCUAUCAUCGUUUGGCUGAUUCAGAGGACUUUUACCGAGAAUAAAUUGGACUGGGAGGUCGUUAUUGUCGACGAUGGCUCCCCUGACGGCACCCUCGAGAUCGGAAAGCAGCUCCAGAAGCUCUACGGCCCCGAGCACAUCAACUUGAAGCCCCGUGAGGGCAAGCUCGGUCUUGGAACCGCCUACGUCCACGGCCUUGUUCACUGCACCGGUAACUACGUUAUCAUCAUGGACGCCGAUUUCAGCCACCACCCCAAGUUCAUCCCCGAGAUGGUCCGCAUUCAGAAGGAGACCGACGCCGACAUUGUCACCGGUACCCGAUACGCCAACAUCGGAAAUAGCAAGGGUGGUGUCUAUGGCUGGGAUCUGUUCCGCAAGUUCACCUCGCGCACCGCCAACAUGAUCGCGGACGUGAUGCUCAUGCCCGGCGUCAGCGACUUGACCGGCAGUUUCCGUCUGUACAAGAAGCCCGUCCUGGAGAAGGUCAUCACCAGCACUCAGAGCAAGGGAUACAGUUUCCAGAUGGAGAUGAUGGUGCGUGCCAAGGCCAUGGGCUACAAGGUGGCUGAGUGCCCCAUUACUUUCGUGGACCGCCUCUACGGCGAAAGCAAGCUGGGCGGAUCUGAGAUCGUCGAGUAUCUCAAGGGCGUGAUGACCCUGUGGUUGAAGGUCUAA